CUUUAUAAUAAAAAAAAGAGAAAGAGGAAGAAUUUGUAUUUACUGAGUUCCUCCAGGUUCCUGAGUCUGUGUAACUGCCCUCUGUGCUUUCUCACUGCAUCAUCAUAACAAUACAUUGCGGUGGGAACUACCAUCAUUCCCACCUUACAGAUGAAGAGACUGAGGCUCAGAAAAGUUAAGCCCGUGAUCACACAGCUAAUAAGGGAAAUCUGGGGUUUAACUCAAGCUCUGUCUAACUCUAGGGCCCAAGUCUUAAUUAUGAACCACAUGAGAAAGAUAUAAGAGACAUUCAGGGGUGGAGGGAUUUUGGAGAGGAAUUACCAUGGUAACCCCACCUGUGUCUUCCUGAAGCCUACUCAUUUCUCCGUCAUUGGCCACCUGUCCCCAUGGCCCAUGUAUGCCAGUGGCCAGACCAUUCUGCAGAACCGAAAGCCCUGUUCAGAUGACUGCCGGAAGCGAGCAGGUAGCUGGCAGGAGCAGACCAUGGGCAUUGCCAAGCCGAGGUACCUGGAGCAGCUGGAGAACUACCUACGCAAGGAGCUCCUCCUGCUGGACCUGGGUACAGAUUCUGCCCAAGAGCUGAGGCUGCAGCCUUUCAGAGAGAUCUUUGAGUUCUUCAUAGAGGACUUCAAAACAUACAAGCCAUUGCUGUCCUCCAUCAAGAAUGCGUAUGAGGUGAUGCUGGCCCACCAGAGGGAGAGGAUCCGGGCUCUGGAGCCCCUGAAGGCCAAGCUUGUCACUGUGAAUGAGGACUGCAAUGAGAGAAUCCUGGCCAUGAGGGCUGAAGAGAGAUACGAAAUCUCAGUGCUCAAGAAAGAGAAGAUGAAUUUGCUGAAAGUCAUUGACAAAAAGAAUGAGGAGAAAAUCUCACUGCAGAGCGAGGUGACCAAACUGCGGAAAAGCUUGGCUGAGGAGUACCUUCACUACCUCAGCGAGCGAGAUGCCCGCAAGAUCCUUAUCGCAGACCUGAAUGAGCUACGCUAUCAGCGGGAGGACAUGUCUCUAGCCCAAUCCCCAGGCAUCUGGGGAGAGGAUCCUGUGAAAUUAACACUGGCUCUGAAGAUGGCCCGGCAAGACCUGACCCGCACGCAGAUGGAGCUCAACACCAUGAAGGCUAACUUUGGAGAUGUGGUGCCUAGGAGGGACUUCGAAAUGCAGGAGAAGACCAACAGGGAUCUUCAGGAGCAGCUGGACAGCCUGAGAGCCGACUAUGAAGAGGUCCGUAAGGAGCACGAGAUUCUACUGCAGUUGCACAUGAGCACACUAAAAGAGCGGGACCAGUUCUAUGCUGAGCUGCAGGAAAUCCAGCGUACCUCCACACCACGGCCCUACUGGACCAAGUGUGAAGAUGUGGUGGCUGGGGGCCCAGAGCGCUGGCAAAUGCUGGCCGAGGGCAAGAACAGCGACCAGCUGGUGGAUGUGCUCCUGGAGGAAAUUGGAGAGGGCCUGCUCCGGGAGAAAGACUUCUUCCCUGGUCUGGGCUAUGGAGAAGCUGUCCCCCCUUUCCUUCAGUUUGAUGGCACUGUGGAGAACAAGAAGCCAACCAGGAAAGAGGUGGUAAACCUCCUUAAGGAUGCUUGGAAGGAACGUCUCGCUGAGGAGAAGGUCAGAUCUCACCAGCCACCUUGGCCCAAUUUGGCCUCCAGAGUCCUCCAGCGGAAAGAGAAUUUUCCAGAUUUCUUCUUCAAUUUCCUGGAGCGUCGCUUUGGACCAAGGGAUGCCAUGGCCUGGGCCUACACCAUUUUUGAAAAAAUCAAGCUCUUCCACUCCAACGACGUCAUGAGUCGUUUCUAUGCCAUCUUGAUGGGUAAGAUGAGAGAGAGUGUGUAUGUCAACUACAAGGAGAUAAUAGCACAGCUACUGAAGGAUAUGACGAGUGCUGACAGUCAGAAUGAGGGACUCCUAUCCAUCGAGCAGUUCAGCACCAUCCUCAAGAGUACCUUCCCCCUCAAGAAGGAAGAGCAAAUUCAGGAGUUGAUGGAGGCAGGAGGCUGGCACCCCAAUAGCAGCAAUGCAGACCUGCUCAACUACCAUUCACUAUUUACAGAGAACGAGGAGGGCCAGAGUGAGCCCUUUGUGCAAAAGCUGUGGGAACAGUACAUGGAUGAGAAGGAGGUGUAUAUGCAAGAGAUAAAGCAGGAGCUGGGCCUGGAACUCCAACAUGAGGUAACCCUAGGGAGGUUACGUGAGGCCUUGAUGAACAUCGACCCCAGCCUGGACAGGCAGACUCUGAGAACCUACCUGAGCCAGGCCUUCCAGCUUCCUGAGACAGACCUACCAGAGGAGGGCAAUGAGAAGGAAGAAGACAUCAUGACAUGGCUCCAGGUUGUGCUGGAACGGCUUCAGGCAUCUGAUAUAAGGCGCAAGGGGCCUCGAGAGCAGGAGUCUGCAAGCUAGGGCCACUGUGGGCAGCCUGAGUGUUCCAGGGCUGUGAGCCCCUGCCUUUGGUAUAAAGGUUUUGUUUGUUUGAACCCA